AUGAAACUAUUUAUGCUUUGUGAGCUUGGAAAGAAGAUUGAUGAUUAUGGUGAUGGAAAUUGGAAAGCAAAAACACUUGAAAGGGAGAAUGCGCAGACCCCCACCCCUACCAAACGACGCCGUUUCAAAGAUGAUAUAAAACCAAAAAUUUCCUUCUUUUUUAUUCUGUCGUUUCCUCUUUCAUUUUCCAAGAAAAAAAACCGCAAAACACUCUCUCCCCCCUUUGUUUCUCUGACGAUCGGGUUCUCACUGCUCGGCACACCACCACCGUGUUCGGUGGCUGGCGACGCGCAAAAAUGGGUAUUUCAACCCCGUUUCGGAACCUUUUUGAAGGCCAAACCCUCGGCGUCUUAUAAGAACAAAAGAAGAGAACCCUCAGCACCCUUCCGAACCCGAUUGCAGCGACAGAGAAGACUCUCCGACAACGCGUCCGUGGGGAUUCAGGUGUCAGAGAGGCGUGGGACACGUGGAGGGGGCGUUCGAAGAGUGCGACGAAGCGGCAUGCGUGGAGGCAGCAGACAGUGGGGCAUGCGGUGGUUGAAGGCAGAGGUGGCUAGGUUUUUUUUUUAAUUUUUUUUCUGUUUGCUGAAAAUGUUGAUAGUUAGUAGGCUAGGGUUGGUUUGGGCUUGGUGGGUUUGUUGGGUUUUAAUUUUGUAAUGGACUUUUUAUUAUUUGGAGUUUUUAAUUGUUUAUUUGGGUUUUAUUUUUGUUUUAUUGGCCGGGGCCAAAAUUGGUUAUUACAGUACUUG